UUUUAUUUAUUUUUUUCCUUUAUUUAACCAGGGGAAGUCAUAUUGAGACUAAAGUCUCUUUUUCAAAUGAUCCCUGGCCAAGAAAGGCAGCACUUAAAAAUGUAUCAGCACCCCAUAAGCCAUACAACAACACCUAAGGACAAGAGUUAAACACAACAACAAACAAAAUAUAACACAAUAUCAUAAUCAAGACAAGCAGAAAACAAAACAGAACAGCAGCCUAUAUACAAUCACACUUAUAGCUGAAAGUUUCUGUGACAUAUAAUUUAAAAUCUUUAAGAGAUAUAAUAGUGCCUAGCUUCAACUGUUUUUGCAAAGCAUUCCAGGUUGAAGGGGCAUUGUAACGGAAGGCAGUUUUACCAAAUUCAGAUUUUACAGCAGGUAUAAUAAAAAGAAUGCUAUUACUUGAUCUGACGCACAUAUGCUGACGCAUACGUCACGUCCUGUUUGUUGCUGCCGCGUUGUUUGAGCUAGAGCUCCGUCGAGCUGAUUCCUAAUUCUUUUUCGGUGGGGGAACACAUCCCCAACAUUAUUUUAUAUAAAAAACAUUUGGAUUACCUUGAUAUCGCUAGUUUUAUCCGACUUCCCGAACUUUCGCUACUAGCUUUAGCCCGUUAGCAUUAGCGGCGUGCCACGCCCACGCUACGCUAGCGUUUGUACUCUUCUCUCUCACAAUAUUAUUGUUUCAUCUACUCUAAUGGCGAGUGUAUUGGAUGUUUCUCUACCUUUAUGUGCAGGUGAGGACACGUUUGAGCUGCAUGCGGUGCAGUUGGAACUGGAGGCCGUGGAGCGGCAGAUCCGGAUCCUUCUCGAGAAGCAGGCCGAGCUACACGAGCAGCAGACAGCGCUGGAAACUUCUCGCGCUGACGCUCACCAACCCUCGGUAAGUUUGCAGCGCGAUAUUAACACUCCUGCUUCCUCUACGCCGUGUGUUUCUCUGCACAGGGCCCGAGCACCAAGAACGCGUUCAUCCCAGCCCUCGUUCACUCCGGCGCCGUCACACCAGGGACCUUGGGUGCUUCAGCAGCGGAAGACGCGAGCCAGGCCUCGGACCAGGACCUCUCCUCCACCGCCCCCGGUCUUCGACAUCUCGACACGGAACCGCUUCUCCCCUCUUCGCGAGGCAGAACGUGACGCCGUGGUCAUCGGAGACUCCAUCGUCCGCCACGUCCACGCUACCACAGCCAAAGGUAAGGUGCGCAGUCAUUGUUUUCCUGGUGCUCGUGUUCUCGAUGUCUCUGUGCAGAUUCCCGCGAUCCUCAACGGUGCUGAGACCAUCGGAGCUGUAGUGCUGCACGCGGGGGUGAACGACACCAGGCUGCGGCAGACGGAGGUGCUGAAGCAGGACUUCAGAAGCCUGAUCGAGACGGUACGAGCCACAUCGCCCGCGACGAAGAUCAUCGUGUCCGGACCGCUUCCGACGUACCGACGAGGACAUGAAAGGCUCUUCCGUGCUGAUGGCCUGCACCCCAGCAGCAUCGGAGCUGAUCUUCUGUCAGAGAACAUCUCCAAGACGCUUCGCACCAUAUGACUAGUAAGUCAAACCUCAAAUCACAGCCUGUGUUCUGCCCACUUAAUUGAUAGAAAUGUGAGUGUAGUACAGUCUAUAGAAACUGUGUCUAUUCCCCGAAUAGUGAGGUUUAACAAUAAAAAUAAAGGAUCUAGAAAAAACCUAAUCGUGAUCAAACCAGAUUUUUGUAAAAUUACUGAACAAAAACAAUCUCUAAAACUAGGGCUACUAAACAUUAGAUCGCUGACACCUAAGGCAGUUAUCAUAAAUGAAAUUAUCACGAAUAAUAGUCUUGAUGUAAUUUGCCUUACUGAAACAUGGCUUAAAGCAAAUGAUUAUUUUGGUCUUAAUGAGUCUUGUCCACCUGGCUACCGUUAUAAAAAUAAAUGCCGCCUGAUUGGCCGUGGCGGUGGUGUAGCAACAAUCUAUAGAGAGAUACUUAAAUCAAAUAGCCAGCAUUUCAAAACACUUAGGAACAGUCAUAGACUCUAUCAAAGUGGCAUUUAAUUUACAAUUUACAUAUAUAACAACACCCCCUCCUUUGCUCUUUCUAUCUACACGAAAUAUAUUGUAACCAUCAAUGGCAAUAUCAUUAUCUGAGAGGGUCUUCUUCAACCACGUUUCUGAUAUAGCAAUAAUAUCUGCCUUCGUAGACAUCGCCCAUAUUCUAACGUAAUCAAUUUUAGGCAUCAAACUACGGACAUUCAAAUGAACAACUUUCAAACCAGGACAACUUGAAAACGCGGAAGGAACAAACAAACAUUCAGGUUCAGGACCUGGAUUUGAUUGAACAUUUCCAGCCAUAAGUAACAUCAAUAAUAUGAGACGGCGUUGCCACACAUGUUUUGAUAUUUCAUCCUUAGACAAACAUUUCAAUGAGUCAAAUGACUUCACAUUAAAAUAACAAAAUUUCUCUUUAACCAAAAACAAAUAAACCAAAGAGAAAUCAACUUGAAGUCCAUAUUGAAACAGUUUAUGAAACUCCUGUGUAGGAGUGUAUGUGUGCAAUGUACAUUUUGACGGCGCGUGUAAAGCGUAUGAAGCGACAAAUAACGUCCAUGG